GACAGUUUGAGCACCAUUUUAAGCAACCAAAACAAAAUCCAAAAUUAAGAAUGAAUAAUGCUGGCAAUAAAGACUCAAUCCAAGAGGCGCAAGGGAAGCAGGUGAAUCCAAAUGAUGUGCUCCUGCUGCCCGAUGCUGAGCUGGGCGAAACGGAAACAGAUGCACCGGAUGCACUGCAGCCAAGGCAGGUGAGCUUUGAUCCGACACUGGAGCGACAGAGGCUGAGCGAGGCACAGACGCUGGUCAAGGACAUGAUUGAGACAAUGCUGCCACAGAGUGAAUCCGAACCACAACACGAUGCUGAGGUAACCAUAACAGAACAACCGAUGUCAACCGCCCAGCUGUGCCACAAUGAUGAACGCUUGCAGCGCAUCCUGCGGUUGCUCGAUCGCUACACACGCAAUCUGGAGGCGAUCGAGGAGCAUGUGCGGAGCCGAGAGACCGGCGCGAGAACAGCUGCCCAACAGUUGGAUGACGGCACAGAGCUGCAGUUGACGCAACACUGCGAGUUGGCAACCCAAACGCUGCCCCUGAAUAGUCUGCGACUGGAUGUGACCAGCACAAUCAGACCGAAGAGCAGCGACGCAGCCAGCUGCCGACAACAGCAGCAGCAACAACACCAGCAGCCACAGCAGCAACAGCAACAACAGCAACAGCUGCCGCCGUGUGAGCGUCGUUAUCACACAAUCACAAUCAGCACAAAUAGCUCGGCGGCAUUUGCGGCACGUCCACAGCCCGUUUCGGUGCUUGGGAGGAUGUGGCGAGCACUAUACGAUUUUGCGGCGGCCUGCUGCCUGUGCCUGCAGGUGAACAAGGAUUGCCUAUUUUGUUUGGGCUUCUUUCUGGCGUUUGUGAUUAGCGCCAGUUUCCUAACGGCCUUCUUCUAUCGCACCAUCAAUCUGACCCAGCCGGCGAUACGCGUGCCUGUCGAAGCCAUGGAAACACAUGCCGCAUUGGGCACCCCGUCCACCGGCAAUAUGGUCACAGUGCGCUUCAAUGGUGGCUACUACUACAUCUACAAUCAUCAGCGGCAGCAUUUUGAUAUUCCAAUUUCUGUAUUUUUAAUCUUCAUCACUCAAGAUAGACAUACCGCCUCAGGAGGACUGCUCGAUCAAAUCGAGAAUCGAGGGCGCGUUGGGUUUAAUAAACUCAUUUUACUAGGAUGGACAUUAUAG